AUGGCAGUCCUACUGGGAGCAUGGCUCACGGGAUCAUCAGCAGAGACAUGCUUGAGCGACGAGACAGCGUUCCUUCAGCGCCGUGAUGACCUGGUUGAGGAUUCUCAAGAGGACUGGAUACGCUGGGGCAGGUACAGGAAAUUAUUCAAAGACAACGGCAUGAAUUAUGACUUGCGCAACUAUACCGACGAAGACGGCACUGUCUACCUCCCUUGGAUGUUUUCCAAAACGCUCGAGCAUGAUCCUAAGACGGGCUUCGCCAAGAAAUCGGACAUUGAUCUUGUACUGGCCGCCGAGACCGACCCUACCCUGGACAACGUUGAGUCCAUCGUCCUCUCAAGCAACACCGUCCGGAAGCUUGAAGGGCUCACAACCACACGGAACAGGAACGACCUGGGAAAACCGCCGCAACUCGUUGAGUACCCCUUCUUCUACGAGAUCGACACGGAGGAGUCCGCGUUUGAAAUGGCGGAGGUCUACUGCCAAGCGUUGCUCCGGGAUGUAGCUUUUUUCGAUUACGGCUCUGAUUCCAAAGCCGCCCUGUGCAUCCAGGAGCUGAACAAAUUCUCUUCCAAGACGUCAGCGCCCACAAAUGCAAAUGGCAUGAUUGACGCGCAAACGCUCUUCAGGGGGCCGAAUCCCGGUGAGUUGGAAGGCCCGUACAUGUCCCAGUUCCUUGUAAAGUCGUUCCGCUAUGGCAACCUGGAGAUCGACCAGAAGUAUGUGGUGGAGGAGGAUCCGAACAACAUGCUUACCAUGGCUGGCUGGCUACAGGUGCAGAACGGCGAGGUCCCAACGGGCAUCGUGACGAACGGAAAAGCAUUUGCAUCAAAUGGACGUGUGCUCGGAUCAAUGGUGCACAGGGACCCGCUCUACCAGUUCUACUAUAAUGCCGCUUUGCUUGCCCUCCAGCAAGGAAUUAGCACAGAUGGUUUGCAUUUAACGGCAACUUCGGCAUGGACGACGACGGGACCACCGGAUGUGUUCGCAGCGGUAGGGCAUGUGGCGCUGGGCGCUCUUCGCACCGCUUGGUGGCAAAAAUGGGGUAUCUACAUGCGCAUCCGUCCGGAGGUCUAUGCUAAACGGUAUGAGCUGGCGCGCAAGCAUCCGGAACUCGUAUCGGAGGUGCCAGGCCUAGCCAACCUCAAGGCUCACAUCGAGAAGGCAGACCUGCUGAUUGAGGAAGUGCUCAAAGAAAACGAACUCGCAUCCGGGGUGGAGACCGCGCUGCUUGACAUGCAGUACCCCGAAGGCUCGCCGACACAUCCAUCGCUGCCAGCUGGUCAUGCCGUUGUGGCUGGGGCGUGUGUGACUGUGCUGAAGGCAAUGCUGAAGACCUUCGAUGAUGAUAAAGCCACAAUUGAGACCAAGUGGGUCACUGGCAGCCGCACAGCAUGGCACUCAAUCGAUGGCCAAACGCUCGUCGAAUAUACCGAGCCAGAUUCCAGUGAGAUGACAGUCAAUGGCGAACUCAAUAAGUUGGCCUCCAAUGUUGCCCUUGGCCGUGACUUUGCAGGUGUUCACUACCGUGCCGAUGGUGACGGUGGCAUCCUUGCAGGCGAGGACUAUGCAAUCUCCUAUUUGGCCGACAAGCUCAAAAGCUACAGAGAAGCGGAUAAACAAUAUCAGCUCUUCGAUGGGUGGGUUUUGCAGAAGUUCGACGGGACCGUUGUCAGGAUCACCCACAAGGGUGCCGAGCCGCUCAGCAAGCAUGAUGUUUAUUCCCGUGAAAACCAGCGGAAGGGUUGGCUACGACGACUGAGGGCAAAGUUGGCUCCAAAGGAGCAUGAUUGA